ACAUGCAUCUCUGUAGACUUCAGUUUGUAUAAAACUGAGACAUUAAUAAAGAAUCAAACUGCAGAGACUACAACAACAUUUACUCUGACUGUAGAUGAAUCACAUCAGGGUCAGUACACCUACGACUACUCCUACAGGGAAAGUGACUCCACAUCAUUCAGGAGCAACUCUUUUACCAUCACUGUGGCAUCUCUGACUCCCAACAUUGGUAUUUUAGUGACAGCAGGACUGCUUCUCAUCUUACUUUCAGUCAGUAUUUGCUUCAUGAAGAUACAGAAAAGAUGGAAAUCUCAAAGGGACAAAAAGAAUGAUUCACAGCGUGCCAAAAACACAUAUGAGAUUGAAACAGAUGAAGAAGGUGCUUAUAAAAACGUGGAAAUCUUUUCCUACCAGCUGGAUGAAUCGGAGGACUCAGAUCAUGACUACAUUUAUGUCGAGGCUGAUGAAGAAAGAAGUGAUGCGGAUGAUGACUAUAUUAAUGUCAAGGCUGAUGAAGAAAGAAGUGAUGCGGAUGAUGACUAUAUUAAUGUCAAGGCUGAUGAAGAAAGAAGUGAUGCGGAUGAUGACUAUAUUAAUGUUGAUGCUGUGGAACAAGGAAGUGACAUGGACAAUGACUAUGAGGCUGUAGUGUAGAGUAGUGUGGAGAACUAAUUGGUUAUCCAAAAUCCCAUAUAUUUUCCAUGAAGUGAUGCAGAUACAGACACAAGUGUAGGUGCUCAAUGUUUAUUAAAAAGGCAGCAAACAAAACCAGACAUAAUUCCAGCGGAAAGUCAGGAUUCAGGCAAAGGUGAGGCAAUGAACAAACAAUUUUAGCCAGAAUCUAAACCAAAGUGCUAAGUUAAGAGGUGCAAAAUUGUUAGACUCUUAGCCAGACUUAUUAGUUAAGUUGUGUAUAUACUUAUGCAAACAAGUUAUUCUAAGUUUAAUCUUUUUUUCCCUAAAACAUUUCUAUUUGUUACUCACUUUACUUUUGUUAGGUAGAAUAUGUCACAUUAAAGGGGAAAAACAUGACAUUAGGUGACAUUAUUAAUCUUGUUUUUUUUUUUAAACAUCAUAAAAACCUGUAACAGUAACAGAGUUGUGAACAGAACUGGCUAUGGUCAGGGGCUCCAUUAUUGUGCAGGGUCACAAGCAACGACAUGUCUGUCAUGUUCUGUACCCUAACCUGAGAGAUAAACUGCUUUUCAAGGUGAAAGCUAUUCCCACAUCUACGUGGAUUGACCUCAUUCAUUGUUUCGAGUGUGAUUGAUUCUUUUUUUGAGCAGUUAUUAAUAUUUGUUUAUUUGGUUUAUGGGUUCUUUCUAGUAUAAUGUAGAAUUCUUUACAGUGUCUUGUUUUGUGGCAACAUUUACUGCAUAUUUGAUUUUGAUACUUCAGUGAAUGGUGUAACAUUUAGACUUAAUUAGAAUUUAGUGAACUUUUAUCAGAACUUUAACAUUUCAUCCAUUUUUGCUUAAUUUUUAUAAAUUCCAUGUGUGUUAAUCUUUAAAAGUCUUUCUGCUGUUUGAAUUUGAUUAUUGGUAUUUUGGAAGUGUACAGAAUGCAUGGGACUAGGAGGAAAGAUUAACGUUUAUUAAAACAAAUUUUAAUGGAGGCACCGUUAUCCGUAUGGUUUUCCACUAGGGGUAGUGGUAUUGGAGUAAAAUCCAGCCAGUUCACCAUCAAAAGCUGGGCACCCAGGUUUCCAUAUAUUCAUAAUCAGUGGUGUAAAGUAACAAAGUAAAAUUGCUUCGUUACAGUACUUAAGUAUUUUUUGAGAGUUUUUGUACUUUACUUGAGUUUUUAUAUUUCUAUCAACGUUUACUUUGACUUCACUACUUUUUUGUAACAAAUUAAAUACUUUUACUUUUAUUUUCUGUUCGGAAUUUUCGUUACUUACUACUUUAAAACCAGUGUCCAAAUUUGUGUGAGUAACUGCACGUGUAUGUGCACGCAUGUUAAAAGUCAACGUUAACACAGUCAGUAGUUUACAUAAGUCUGCUAUUGCACAAAAUAUCUUCAUAAACAAAGCUGACGUCAAAUCAAGGAGACCGGCGCACAGACAAUGAUGUCAAUUCGUGAAAAUCUCCGUUUACCCUGUCCACACAACACUACUGAAAAUGGUGAGUUUUGGAAAAUCGUCACUUGGAAGGAAUUUUCCAAAAGCUCCAUUUUCAACGACCUCAAACUGCAUUAGCAUGUGGACGAAAGGUCAAAAGUCUUAUUUUUUUGGUGGUGCACUUAUUGAGAAGUUUAAGAAAGAAAGCAAUA